AUGGGUAUUCUUGAGGAUCUCAAACUGCCCGUCGGCGUCAUCUAUGGCGAUGAUGUUCUGAAGCUUUUCACCUACGCCCGUGAGAAGGGAUUCGCUAUCCCCGCCGUCAACGUCACCUCCUCCAGCACUGUCGUUGCCACUCUCGAGGCCGCUCGUGAUGCCAAGGCCCCGAUCAUCCUGCAGACAAGCCAGGGUGGUGCCGCCUACUUCGCCGGCAAGGGCGUCAAGAACAGCGCUGAGAAGCAGGAGGCGUCUGUCGGUGGUGCCAUUGCCGCCGCCCACUACAUCCGCGCCGUCGCCCCGCUCUACGGCAUCCCCGUCGUCCUCCACACCGAUCACUGCGCCAAGAAGCUCCUCCCCUGGCUCGAUGGCAUGCUCGAUGAGGAUGAGAAGCUGCCCCUGUGGCCCCCGCACGGUUACUUGCUCGAACAACGCUUACACACCGUAACAGAGGAGCCCGUCAAUGAAAACAUCGACACAUGUGUCUCGUACCUGAAGCGCAUGGCUCCCAUGAAGCAGUGGUUGGAGAUGGAGAUCGGUAUCACCGGUGGUGAGGAAGAUGGUGUUGACAACACCGGCGUUGACAACGCUUCUCUCUACACCCAGCCCGAGGACAUCUGGCAGAUCAAUGUCCACGGCGUUUAUGCCCCUGGCAACGUCCGCCUGCACCCUGAACUGCUCGGCAAGCACCAGGCCUACGUCUCCGAGAAGCUCGGGCGUCUCGCUAAUCGGUCUAGUCUUCUUCGUGUUCCACGGCGGUUCUGGCUCGAGCAAGCAGGAGUACCUCGAUGCCAUUGGCGUAAGCCAGACGCACCCCGCACCGCAAUGCAAAUAGCUAACAAUUCAAAGCACGGCGUCAUCAAGGUCAACGUCGACACUGACUUGCAGUGGGCGUACCUGACCGGUAUCCGUGACUACGUCACCAAGAACAUCGACUACCUCAAGACCCAGGUCGGCAACCCCGAGGGCCCCAACAAGCCCAACAAGAAGAAGUACGACCCGAGAGUCUGGGUACGUGAGGGUGAGAAGACCAUGUCUACCCGUGUGGCGGAGGCCCUCAACGACUUCAACGCCGCUGGCUCGUUGUAA